ACGCUUAGUUGACGUCACGACGCUAGUCCUGGCAGGCAGGGGGACAAAGAAAGAUGUCCGGUGUCAUCGCCAAGUACCACUGCAACUACUGUCAGGAGGACAUCACCGGAGUGCGCGUCAAAUGUGCCGAGUGCCCAGACUUUGACCUUUGUUUACAGUGCUUUUCCUGCGGGGCGGAGAUGGGGGCACACAAGAACAGGCAUGGCUACCAGUUGAUAGACUGUGGCAACUUCCCCAUCUUCCAAGCUCCCUGCAACUGGAAGGCCAAGGAGGAACUGGUGCUUUUGGAGGCCAUCGAGCAGUACGGCUUCGGCAACUGGGAGGAUGUCUCUCAGUGCCUGCCAGCUCGAAGCUGUGAAGAGGUGCAGGAGCACUACAACAACCAUUACAUUGAGGGCAACAUUGGGAGAGCCACAUGGUCCACAGAGGUGUCGACGCAAAUCAAGGAUCACACAGUGCCUGAGGGAGGUCCACUGUCUCCGAGUCUAAGCACUCCGGUGGCCACGGUGGACAUCACGUCUACCGAGCAGCAGGAGCUUGGCUACAUGCCCUGUCGGGACGACUACGAGAGGGAGUACGACAACGAGGCCGAGUCCCUGAUCAGCCAGCUGUCGAUGGGCGGCCCAGACGAGGACGACCUCGAGGUUGCCCUGAAGCUGGCUCAGGUGGACAUGUACUCGAGGCGGCUACGGGAGCGGAUGCGUCGCAAGGGCCUGGCACGGGACUACCGCCUGCUCGAGCAGUUUUGCCACAUGGGCCGGCCGGCCUCCAAGGCCAGCCCGGUGUCGCGCAGCAAGAAGCCUGCCCGUGAGGCCGACAAGGAACUGCAGGAGAAGAUGCGCAUAUUCAGCCAGUUUCAGUCAGCCACGGAGCACGAGCAACUUCUGGAGAACCUCGAGAGGGAAAAAGAGCUUAAAGCCAGGAUCAAAGAGCUGCUGAGGUAUCGGCGGAACGGCAUCACCAAGCUCGAUGAAUGCUCAGAAUUCGACGCCGCGAGGCAUCGUCGGGAAAAGCGCAAGGAAGCGAAAAAGAAGUCUGCACCCGCCAGCUCCGUUCACAAAAAGCCCAUCUCAACGGCAUCAAAAAAAUACGAAGAAAAAGGAGGCGUCGACACUACGCUAAGCGAACAAGGUGACACGAGGGAAGACUCCAAGGAGGCCACCGACAUCACCAGCUUGCCUGGCUACGAGCUGCUCUCCGACAAGGAGAGGAAGCUGUGCCAGUCCAUUGGAAUCAGCCCUGCGUGCUACAUCACCUUUAAGACUGUAGUGCUGAAGGACCAAGCUCAGCGGCAGAAGGGCAGCACGGCCAAGUUCCGAUCCCUGGCGGGCAUGGACAGGUCGCACUGCCGGCGGAUCUUGAACCACUUCGCAAACAGUGGCUGGAUCUCCGCCACCUGAUUCCGGUGCCCCACCCUAGCGACCGAGAGCGACCCGCUGCAGCAGCCCCGCCGCCGUCCCCUCCGCAACAACCGUCGAUGACGCCACCUCGCACCGGUAGCCACGAUACGAGUUGAGAGUGAUUCGACCGAGAGCUUCCUUCUUCUUCGACUUGACCAGUGAAAAAGAAAAAGCGUCGCUGCUUUUGUCGCGUAGUAGAGACCCUUUUUUUGUUUGUUUCUUGUUUCGGAAGUCGCCGGCUUGAUGCUCGAUUCACUCGGCCGAGAAUGGUAUUUGUGGAGCAUGCUGCAAAACAAGAGACUCGUUCGUCGAUGUGUGCGGUACAGCUUGUAAGCCUGCAGUCAGUCUGCUGCAACUGAGUGAACCUAGUCCGCCGUCGAUGUGGAACAGCUGGUGCUCCUCUCGCAACUCCCGUGGAACAACGUGUUGAAGGCAGCAGAUCUUGCCCUUCUAGACUGUAGAUGCCUGGGAACCACCAGAGACCGGCGAUGCCUCCUAAAGCUGCAUUUCAGCGCGUGUACAAGUACACCGACGAUACUGCUCCCUCGAUGGAAGCGUUUUGGAAGUGGCAAGACUCUGCUGCAAAGUCUGGAUUCUGCAUAAUUUAGAAGCGCGAGGUCAGCACGGCAUGGCGAUCACUAUUGUAACAUUUGACGUCCACACCGCAGGAAAAUAAUGCAGCCCAGUCAGAGAAAGACUGCCUCCGGGACACAAACCGACGAGUCGGCGUCCUCUCUUCUUUUUCUUCAACGAAAUGGGCCAGGAACUGUGAUCCCUGUGGUGCUCUUGGUUUUUCAGAGCGUAUUUUGUGUGCGCAUGUGCACAGUGGUUGAAAAAGGUGUGGUUUGAUAUGUGGGAGAAUGUGAAGUCUGCUUGAGAGGGAUGUGUUUUUGAACUGUGGCAGGAGGUGAGUUUGGAGGGGUAAGUGAGGGCAAAUAAUAACCUCCUUUGUCAGUUGCGUGCUAGAUCUGUGACACUUACAGAAGUGUUGAAAGGCGGGCAAGUUGGUAUAGGUUCAUACUGAAAAUUGGCAGCGCAAACAAACGGGACACAGAAGAGAGACACGUUUGUUUGCGCUGCCAAUUUUCAGUAUGAACUGUGACACUUAAACGCACAUUUAGGUUCUUGUUUCUUUAAUUAUUUCAGGAAAGGUUCUUGUGUGGGAGUGUCAGGUAGGACAGGCUUCUCUCAGCAAGGGAUUUCGAUCUUGUUACUGCAUCAAAUUCGAUCUGUACUUGUAAACGACACAUCUCUCUGUUUUUCUCCGUUCCUUUUAGCGCUUCGCCAUCAUGACUCAUCUCUUGUUCAAUUGCAAAGGGACCAAUAGUGCACAAAAGCACUGGACACCAUAUCGGUGGCAGCUUUUUCUUUCCUAAUCUGUUCUUGAUUCUUUUUUCAUGUCUAGCACAUGCACACUGACCCCGGGGGUCUUUCUUUUUUUUUUUUUUUUUCUUCACGGUAAUAUUCAUUGCUGUAGCAAAGUUGUGAGGCAUUCUAAGUUGAAGUCGUUUGGUUAACAUAAAACAGGCAUAUAUUUUUCGUUACUCGCAAAGGAAUUUUUUUUUUCUGCUGCUCAGUUAGGCUAGCAGUUAUGCAUUUCCCACUGGCUCUUUUGGAUCAUUGCACUCGGAACAUUUUGGCACAGAUUUCGCAGGAAAUUCUGCAGGCAUGUGGAGUUCUGCGGCUGCAUGUGGCGACUCGCUGAUAUCGGAGCAGUGCGAAGUUUCUGUUUAACAGACUCCAGCUCACAAAAUCCUAGUGUGAUCCAGGCGCUCACUUCAGAGGUAGCGUUUUCAUGAUCGUGGCAGCACCAACCAGCCGCUGCGAGUAGUAGCCCAUAGUCAUUGAUCUCGGAGGAGCAUGUGCCCGAUCUCCGAGACCAAGCCAAGGAGUCUUGUCAGUUGUGCAUCACUUGAAGGAGUACUGAUACAACUUUGUAUCAUGUUCUUUUCUGUUGCGAUAAGUAACUAAUGACCCAUUUAUCAUGACCUGAAACCUCGUUUGCUCCCGCACACGAUAGUUGGUUAUUUAGAUAUGUUCUUAUAGGUGCCCUGUUGCAGUUAUUUUCGCGGAGCAACGAGAAAGCUGGGUUCAGGGAGGCGCGAAUGUAAACAUCGCUGGCCCUGCGACCACACCAAACUGCUACUGUGUGUGUGCCGUGUGAGGCAAUGCACACACGUUAGCAUGGCGUGGAUAGUUCACCUGCUACGCUUACACGUUUUUCCAUCUCUGACCGUCGUCAACUUGCGUCACAAGUCCAGACACUCAGACUCGCAACAUUGGUAGUUGUCGAUUGUUUGCAUACGAGCCAAGUUAAUGUCGAUGUUGCGAGGGGCUGUGUUUUGUGCUCAGUUGCGUGGCAUACACAUAAAAUUGAUAUUAAAUACGUUCUAGGCUGUAUUUGCCAUUGCUGUUUCGUUGCCUGUGUGCAUGUCUCCGCACAAAUCAAUCUCGCAGGUUGUCUCGCCUUCUAAAGCUUGCGUCGGUACUCCUUUAUUGAGAGGCAUCACUGGCAGAUCCGUUUAGAGAGUUGGAAUAUGUUUGACAAAUUAAGAGAGACGCAAUAUUCUAAUGCAGUCCAGGCACUCACUUCGAAGCUUCAAGUACGUCCUUCAAUAAGACCAGUGUUAUUUACUGUGAAAGCACGAACAAGCCGCUUAUUCGGAUCCCUGAGGAGUGUGCCCCUAGUCUCCGAGGUCAUGCCGUCCUAGUCUUGAAUCUCUUGAAGGUGUGCAUUAAUGGCUACGUUAAUUUUGUCACCAGAAACUCCUAUUCUAGCUAGCCUUCUCACGCGAUGCGUCUGCUCGUUCUUCGAAUGUGAAAUUUCGCGCAACAGCUUUCAUUUCUUUCUUCAUCUGCUCUGUGAAAACAUAAGUUUCUUAUGUGUCCAAAAAUUUUGUCGCUGUUGCCCUUCGAGGACGCUUUUAGCGAGCCAGCUCGGCCUCAAUCAUUCCUUUACAAGGUUACUGCGCGCCCUUGUGGAGUACUUGCGUUCGACGUCCCUCGUGUACGUGCAUGUUCGUGUGUUUGGUUCCUGUCAAGAUCAACUUCCUUUACCUGUGCUUGGUUGUGUGUGUGGUUUCGGUCAAGAUAACAGUAACAAUGUGAAAAUGUGCACGAACAGUCUCAGUUAGGUGUGUUUCGGUACGGCAGCGGGAAGGACAGUCACUUGCUCUAAGCAGCACCGCUACGUUUGUACAUAGUUUUGUAAAUUUGCUCAUUGAAAAAGAAGAAAAAAAAAAGGUAUCUCAUUGCUCAUGUACAUAUUUCACAACAUAGAUCAUUGUAGAGGCGACUUCUUUCAUUUUUUUUUCUCCUCUCUCGGCUUUUGUCACCCUAAUGUUUUGGUAUACCGGUCUGAAAAGAAUACGUGUCAACGCAACUACAUUUAAUAGGUGGUUUUUGCGCGUCUUGUACUCUCCUGGGCAGAAGUGUGUCUGUGAGUGUAAAAUUGGAAAUUUAUGACUGCAGCCCAAGGUUAGUGCUGUUAAAAUUUCAGUGAAUUCAUAGAUUUUCAAUUUUCACGCUUGAAUUACAAAUUUAGUUGGUGUUCUUUCUGUUUUUUAGCAAGCCGGUAAUUCGUACACUUUUGCUCAAGGAUAUAAAUGCGCGGUCACUGUUUGUUGGAUUCAAGAAGUGUAGCAGGGUGCCAUUAGCAACUUCUUGAAACACUAUAUUUAUUUAAUUGUAUUACCUUUUUUUUUUCUAGUUUACGAAGUCUAUUUGUAGUAACUCUGGCAUUUCAUAAAACCUGUUUCAAUCGUACGUGGUGUCAUUAGAGAAUACACUAGUGUCUCCUUUGCUCUGUGGUAUCCCAUAUACGCAUGGACGUAGGCGGGGGGGUGCAAAAGGGGCACUUGCCCCCCCUCAAGCCACACCGGCACUUGCCCCCCACCCAAGCUAUGCCAGCUCUCUCUCUCUCUACCCCCACCCCCCUACCCCAACAGCGAUGUAACACGGGUUUGCACCCCCCAAGGCAAAAUCCUGCCGAUGCCCAUGCAUAUACGGUGACAUUAUUAAGCCAUUCUGCAGUACGUGUUUGUUAGUCCUCAUACUGGGAAUCUAAUGUUUCAAUUGUUAACCCUUUUUUUCAGUCCUAAAUGUUUUGAGUGAGUUGAUGUUGUAUUACAUUCAUCUGGGAACAAGAAAAUAUAAUUUUAAAAAAUUAAAAGAAAAAAAUCCCACCGAAGUUUUUGGUGAUGCACUGGCUUUCUUAUUUUACUUUUUUUUUUCUUGUCACUGUUCACCAGUGUGCAACUAUUCCUGUUCGUCUUUAUCCCAAGACAUGUAAGUCCAGUGAAGUCACAUGGAACAGCGAGAUGAAAGAUAUUUUUAUAGUAUUAAGACGGGAAGGGGUGUUUUUCCCAUUGUGUCGGUCCACUUUGGGCUUUUGCGUGUAACUAUGCUUUUUUGCUCACAGGGAAAAUGUGCAAGCGAUUGCUAGUGCCACUUUUGUGUGUUGUUUCCAUUUCAUUGUCAUUUUGUACGUUUCUCGCGACACCAGGUGAAGCACUUGUUCCAUUCUCUUCUGUGUCAUAUUUGUCGUAACGCAAUUUGUAAAGAAAAACUCUUGCUUCUUAAGCAAUAUUUUUCAAGUGCGCAGUGUGAACUUGCUGCCGGAAUCACCGGAGUGAUCCCGGUGGCAGUGGACAGAUGUCGCCACAGAGUUUCAACCAUCACUGCUACAGCAAGGGAAAGCAGUAAAUCUGUAAUUUUUAAGAGGAUAGAAUUGAGCAGUUUGCCUGAGAGGCACCUCUGCAUUGUUUCGGGAGGGAAAAAAAAAAAAAAAAGAUGACAGUUGCAUCUGAAAGGCAGAGCGUUGAUAGCGCAUAGAUAUGCGACAGCUAUGCAAAGUAAGGAUUAUACCUCUAUCAGACCUAGAUGAAUUGAAGGAAACAUUAGUUCACAAGCUAAAUCAACGAUCAAAGUGUCACUCGCACGGAGGCAAACAGAUAUGCAUCAAAUCAUGAACACUUUAUUUUGUUUUGUUCUUUGCAUUUGCUCCCUAAAUUUGAUUACAAUAUGCUGCGCAUGAGAAGAGAACUUGGUUCAAACACAUUUGAUGCUUUACAUAUGGGAAACUGUUAUGUAGCGAGACUGGUGUCACGGUAAAGUUCAUGAUUAUCUUUCUCUUUACUUCUUUUAACGCACCUUGAACCAUAACUGUGCUUUUGAAGCACAGGGGUCUUACCUAUUAUAUCUUGCCAUUUUCAUUGAGACAGCUUUCAUUCUACAUACCCUUGGACAACAGCCAAUGACUGGCUUGUACUUUCGGGGCACGCUUAGGCUAUUAGUGGCUAUAGUCCCUUGCAGAUGGUGCCAACAGCCAUGUCUUCGCUGCAAACAGGUCUCUUAGUACAGGCGCUGUGUAAAUGCAUAGAAACCUCCAAACCCACAGUACGGCUUGCCAAACGUUGCUGUCAAACAGCAGUAAUGUAGCUGAGAACACUGUGGAGGAUGCAACAGCUACGGCAGCGUGUGCGUUGCAAACGUGGCGACAUAUGUCCAUCGUUCAUCUCGUUCCUGACAAGCUUGUAAAGUGUAUUUUGUUUGCCUUAGCACACCCUUCCUCUAGUGUCGUCUAAAGAGAAGUAUAAUAUAUGCCAUUUGCAAUAAAACCUAGUUACAGGCGAUGUUCCUUGGUGAGAGUAUUUUUCAGGACAUUCAACUAUUCUUGAGGCUUGAUUCUUGAUCCAGUUGCGCACUGCAAAGUGCUGCAUUGUGCGUGGGUUAUGGAUGUAGGUGCUUCUUUGUGCGUAGACUGCUGGCUAGGCAUCGGCAGCUAAAAAUUUUGUCUGGGGCCGAUAUUUUGUGGCAAGUUUUCGUGCGUUUCUGAAUUUCACGGUACUAAUUCUUUUUUGUACAAGGCGUACAAGUGGAGGGCAGUGCUGGUGGAAACAUGACAUUCUACUCGGCUCUGGUGUACGUUUGAAGCCAUAGGUUGACAGAAUAAGCCAAGUACUCGCUCGUACUCGUUCACCAAUGUUUUCGCAGGCUAUGUAAUACUCACACAUGUACACUCACACUUUUGCAUGUUCCCACUUGUGCCCACUUGAUAAGAUUCACUUGCAGUCGUACUCACUUUUCAUUCACACCCACUCACUGGUGUUCACUCGCUCAUUCACAUGCCUGCAUACCAUACGCAGGUGAAUGUGCACUUACAUACACUCUACCACAUACAUACCUAGGGCGAUGCCAGAAAUUUUGGGAGUAGCAGGGCAUGAUGGGAAUGUCGGAAAGCAUUUUAUCACCAGAACUCUAGUUCUUGGAAGGGAACAAGCGGAGGAAGAAGGGAGUGGGUGCAGCUGGUGUUCACCCACACUUACGGACAGUCGCUGCUCUUGCGCACUGACACAUUUCAUCAGUCACCGGUGUUUGAUCUCACGCCUGCGAAAUAUGUGUGCUGCGAGUACGAGUCUGUGUACUUGUGAGCAGGUAUGUCGACCUACGCUACAAGCUACACAUUUGGCUAUCCUAAGGAAGUGCCAAAAAUUGUCACUGGCAGCAAGUAUGUACCAGCGGUCGAAUAGAAUGCUGUCAGUGAUUGCAAUACAAAUGGCUCUGCGUAUAUGUGUGAACUUGGUGUCGCCCAUUAUUCCCGCUUUGCACUGCUCUUCCUGUGUACAUCUAUGCAGACAUGCCUCCAUGUUGCUAAAACGUGACACUGUUGCGUAAGUUGCAGAUUUUGAUUAUGCCAUAUUGCAGGCAGUUGCAUUGUUUACUGAUAUUUUUCUAUAACAUAAAGAAAACUUUGUCCAUCUCUUAGCCCACCGUGGAAUUGAAAGUGUAUGUGAAAUUACCACACAGACUAGCCAGUGGUUUAGGUGUGGAGGUGCAUUUAUACCUGUUUUGCUAUGUGUGUGGAAUCGAAAACUUUCUAUAGUACAUAGAUGAAAGCUCAAAGGGACGUUUGAGAUGUAAUAAAAGAUGUUUUUUUAUUUGCAA